AUGGAUUUAAGUUGUCGAAGCUCUCGUAUGAGAGGCGGACAAGAUCAAACUGCCCUUCAACAGCUUCACGAGCAAGCAAAGGAGUUGCUUGAUCAAAAAAAUGCAGAAAUUGAUUCACUUAAUGAUGAAUUAGAUAAGGCAGAAAAGAAACUUGUCGAUGUCAAGAACAAAUUACAAACAAUCAUAAAUGCUCCAAAACUUCCUGAUAAUAAUUUAGCUGAUGAUGAACUUCCUCCUGAUAUGCUGGACGAAAUUGAAAAUUUAAAGGCAAAACAAGAGCAAGAAGUUCAAAAAAUACAAGCAGAUAAUGAGGAAGAAGUUUCUGCUCUUGAAAAAUGUUACGAUAAACAAUUAAAAGAAGCAGAAUCAUGGGCUGAGCAACAUGCAAAUCAAAUUGUUAUUGAAAAGCGAACAGAAUUACAAAACUUACAGAGAGAACUUGAUUCUCUUAAAGGAAAACUUGCAGAAGGAGAAUUUUCCAAGACUAAAACUAAAUUCGAACUUCUCGAAGAGUCUAAAGCGGCGACAAUGACAAACGAACAGAAAAUACAAUACCUGGAAGACCAACUUGGCGAAUUAACUUCUUUAGCUCGUGAAGAACUCAAAGAAAUCAGAGCCAAAAUAAACGAAACAGUUUCAGCAUACAAUAUUCGAGUCAAAGAGCAUCAAAAUGAAAUCGCUCACUACGAAAAUGAAAUCAAAGUCAGAAGUGCAAGCUAUGAUAUGCAUAUUGAAGCUUUAACACAACAAUAUGAAAGUGAAAAAGCUAAAUAUAACUCGGCUAUUGAAACAUCAGAUAAGAAAUACUCUGCUCUCCAAAGAGUAUUAAAGCAAAUUGAUAAGCAGCAUGAAAAACAGCUUUCAAUUGCUAUUCACGAUAAUGAAAAAAUGAAAACUACUAUUUACUCAAUCAAAACUCGUGAUCAAUCAGCUAUUGAAUCUACUAUGACCGAAAUUACACAAUCACAUGUCCUUGAGCAGCAAUUACAACAAGUGCAAAAUGAUAUUGCUAUAAUUGAGCAGGACAUUAAGGAAUUAGUAUCUGAAAACAAAGAUUUAGAGAGUACUUUAGCUAGAUAUGAGCGUGUUAAUAAGCGAAAAGCUGGUAUGUUUUAA